AUGAGCGGUUACAAUCCAGCCUGGGGGGCGGGUCAGGGUGGUGGUGGCUCGGUUCCUGCUCCGCGUUCAACUAAUCUUACACCUGGAGCUCUUCCACGUUCAUCCAAUCUGACACCUGGAGCUCUUCCACGUUCACCCAAUCUGACACCUCGAGCUCCUUCAUCCACGCCACGCGAGAACCCCCGACCUAGAGUCCAGAACCUUGAUGGUUCCAUGGGAAAGCUGAGUCUUUCUUCGUCUUCGCAUGCAUCUCCAUCUCUUCUGGCGAAUCAUUUCGAGAUUCAAGUCGGGACCCUUCGCCAGCUCUACCGCUACGAAUUGACGUUUCGAAAGCUCAACCGAGAAGACUACGACCAGAAACUCCAGAUGGAAGAAAACGCCAUGAACCGGCCGGCUCCAGACCCAGCAGGUACAAGUACAGACCCAGAUCCAGAAAGUACACGUACAAGUGCAGACCCGGCAAGUGCAAGUACAAGUACCAACCCAGGAAUUGGUCCUGCGAAGAAGCGUCGAAUCGUGUGGCUUGCCAUGGAACGCCUCCAGCAAUGGAACCGUGGGAAGGCGCUGGCGACAGACUAUAGCACCGAGGUGAUCAGCAGUGGCGAGAUUGAGAUUCAAUCAGGCAAUGACAAUGACAGUGGCAGUUCUCAGACAAUGAGUAUGCAGAUUGAGUAUUUCGAUGAAUACCAGCGUGGACCACGCCCUGACUGCGAAGUCUUCGAAGUCGCUCUUUCUGGACCGGUCAUUCUCUCCUUGGAUCAGCUCCUUGACUUUCUCAGCAUAGACACCCCCCACGUCAAUGCGACAAACUAUCGGCGCAGAGAAGAGACCAUCAAGGCUCUCAACACCAUCUUCAGCUACAGGCCUUAUCGACGAUGCUUCCCGGCCCUGACGCCGCACGGAGUGGUGCAGAAUGCCGACUUGACCACUGUCAACGGCCACAAGUUCUACGGGAUAAUGAGAGUCUCCGCUGCCGGGGCCACCUCCACCUCUGAUACGGGAAAGCCGUUGGAACCGCGACCAGGAUUUGGCUUAGAUGCCAUUGCAGGGUUUGCCAGGAGUGUCCGCGCCGUCAUCUCGCAACGGGGUCGACUCUAUCUCAACAUCAACACUGCCACGGCGGUCUUCUACCAGCAAGGCACUCCAAAUACACUUCAGGCACUGAUCGAAAGGUUGAAGCGUGGCUACCAUCCUCAUUCACCAUGGGAUGACCCGGUGCGGCACUCUCUCGUCAACUUUUUGAAAGGGAUUCGCGUCAGAACCACUUACCUGGGUGGCAAUGACAAUGACAAUGACAAUUUUAUUGGCAUGGUGACCGACCUUGCCGGUGCACGCCGGCCGGAUCAGGAUCCAUUCCCACGAAACUGCACAAUGGUCUUCCCAGACCUACAGUCGAACCAGACAGUGGCCGACUAUUUUCAAACCCGUCAUCCAGACGCCAGGGUGGGCAAUAGUUCGAGAGAAAUGGUCGUCGUGCUCGGGGAGGGAGACUUCCGAAAGACGAUUCCCGCAGGCUGUCUUGAGAUCAUCCCUGGCCAGAUGAAUCGAAACAUUGCGGAAAAGCCAAAGGCAGGCGUCAGAAGCCCCUCACAGAACAAAGCCCUGAUAUUCCCGGCUGGAAGAGAAGUCUUCUUCGUCUCGGACCGUGCUCAACCGGGCGCCGGCCAGUUUGGAUUCGAUCUCGCAACGCGAAUGGUGUCAGUUCCAAUCGUCAGACUCGAGCAGCCAAAUCUCAGGUAUCGUCAACAACGCCGUCCAGGCAGCCAGGCCACAAGUCUCCCAGAACGACGGUUGGGACAGGAUGACCUCCAACUGCUCAAAUAUGGUGCUUGGAAUCUCAAGGACAGAUCAUUUGUCAAGCCAGCCAGUGGCUUUCAUUGGACAUACGUUGAGCUAGCCGUCCCUGCUGGCGAGACAUGCGACUCUUUGCUCAUGACGGCGUUUGGGAACUCCCUUGCACAACAACUGCAACGGUCCGGCAUGACACAACUGCAGUUAGUCCGACCUGGGCCCGGUCCUGGCCAUGGCCACACGUAUCAUCUGUCCCGACCACGGCCACGACCCUACGACGAAGCGGGCAUCAAGAGGCAAUAUGGCAUGAUCAAGGAACUACUCACCGAGCUGAAACAGAAGCGUGGAGUCCGGUUGGUAGUCUUCCUUCUGCGAGACAAGGAUACGGAGCUCUACAGUGCCAUCAAGCGCGCCGGGGAUCAAGACGUCGGCAUAGCGACCGUUUGCCACGUCCUCGGCUGGGACAAGCGGAAACAGAAGCGCCAGCUGACUCCCAAGGACUCUCCCGAUUUCUUCGGAAACCUGAGCAUGAAGGUCAACCUGAAAUUGGACGUCUCAGCCGUGAACCAGGCGCUCGACCAGAAGGGCAAGGGGCCCAUCCUAACACAUGGCACAAUGGUCCUAGGCAUCGACGUCACACACCCAGGCACCGCAGCCAUUAAGGGAGCCCCCAGCGUGGCGGCCGUAGUGGGCAGCGUCGAUGCCGAGUUUGCCCAGUGGCCAGCGAGUCUCCAUGUCAACGACGUCGACGUCCAGCUCCGGCGGUCCGAGGGCGGCGGCGGCGGCGGCGGCGGCCGAAAUCCAGAAUCCAACGAAAGAGUGGUCCAUCUCGCACACAUGGUUUACGAGCGAUUGCGUGACUACCACCGCCGCAACCACAGUGUGCCGAACCGACUCGUCGUCUACCGAGACGGCCUCUCCGAGAGUCAGUUUGACAUGUGUACCACCAUGGAACUCCCAGCCAUCGGCGCCGGCGUGGCGUUGUUGCUUCAACAACUGGGUGUCCAUGUGGAAGCAACCAAGAUGCCUCCCAUCAUUCUGAUCUGUGCGGUCAAGCGGCACAAUACUCGUCUGUUCCCGGAGACCGACGCACCGAACGACGACGUCUUUGUUGGGUACGGAGGAAGUGCAAGUGCGAGCCUGAGACCCGGGGCUCCCUACAACUACAACCCGCUGCCCGGCACCUUGGUCACAAGUGAGAUCACGUAUGGCGAAGGCCGGGAUUUCUUUUUGAUCAGCCAGAAGGCCAUCCAGGGAACCGCGAGGCCGACUCACUAUGUCAUCCUCGAGAACCAGUCCGACUUCACCCGCCACGACAUCGCUCAGAUGACACAUAAUCUGUGCUAUCUCUUUGGCCGCGCCACACGAUCCGUCGGGGUCUGUCCGGCCGCGUAUUACGCUGAUCUUGCGGCAGAUCGCGCCCGGUGCUACCUGCGAAAUGUCUACCACCCUGUUUCGAAAACAGACUUUGACCCGGAGCAGUAUGCACUCAACCUGGCGGUCCACGAUGAUCUGAAGAACACCAUGUUUUACAUCUGA